AUGGCGCAGGCAGACGCAUCCCAGACGAAGACCUACCGCUUGUCGGACGAUCCGUCGUUCCUCACCAACCAGGAGAAGAACCACAUCUACCGCGUACAGCACAAAAGGCACCGCCGCAUCUCCAAAUUGGGGGGAGCGGCAGGCGUGGCGUACAAGCUGUGCGACCCGGUGGUGAAGCCCUACGUGGACUGCACCAAGCACCGCCUCAUCAGCCUCCUGUGGGCGUGCCGCGACGAGAAGGCCCAAAUGGCCGACUGCCUCCACGAAGUGGCGGAGCGAGCGCGAGAGGAGGUGACGGAGGAGUACCUGCGGCAGCGCCAGGCCAAGCGAGCGGCCGAGGAUGCCGCGCUGAGCAAGGAGACCGCCGCCUCUUCGUGA